AUGAUUUUUGCAGAUUUGGAUGAAUGUCAAGAGCAGGAACACAAUUGUCACGACAUGGCACAUUGUAGCAAUACUGAGGGCUCAUUCAAUUGCACUUGUCUUCAAGGAUUUACAGGAGACGGUGUUAUUUGUGCUGGUAUGAUAUUUGACUGAUUCCACGUGCUCAAAUAUGUCUCAACUGAAACCGGAAAUACCCGGUUAUAAAGACAAUUGAUUCUCCGCAACCUUCAAACGGAAUGUACAAUUUGAGGAUUGUAUCAUUUUGUUGUUUAGGAUGCAUAAACGUCUUUUUCUUUCUUGCCAAAGAGCUUUGGACGAUGAAAUUUUGUUCCAAGAGAAAAAACUAUUUGAAAGAUCAUUAAGCCAAUAUUUCCUAAUGGGCUCGAAAAUAUGCUCGCACAUAUCUUCUUUAACAGUAUGUGUAUUCCGAAGCUCCCAGUUUUCAUCGUGCUCGCUCUCGAAAACUGGUACCCCUCUCUGAACAGACGAUGUUAACAGUCAAAUAUUUGAAAAAUUUAGAUAUGAAUAAGUCUUCAAAGAUUCAUAUGCAGCUCAGCCCAAUCUUAUCCCUACAUGUACGCUCUCAGUUCCUGUGAUAUUAAUGCGUACCUUAGUAUCGUGCCCAUUUUCUCAAAUAAAGUGACUUAUAUAUCACUUUGAACCGCGAUAACCUUUUACAACUUGCCGAACAACGUUUAACUCCAAAUUUGGAUAGGGUAUGCUAUACAAUAUUCUCCAACUCCGACAAGAUCGUUCCAUUAAUAAUGAUUUCUUCUCAUGCAGAAAGAUAAUGCGUGCCAUUACAAAAAACGGGUAUCAAGAAUUCCUUGUUGGAGUUUCAAAAGACUCAGUAUUUUGUGGGUUUUGCUGAUGUUUCUAAGUUUUGAAAAUUAUUUAGGAAAUGGAAAAUUUCACUAAUCGUCACUGAAAAAACCCGUACAUAUGCCUCAACAAGUAAGCUCGUUGAAGAUUUGGAUGUCUGGUCAUGUUUUCGGUAUCAUUCUUGCCUCUUCGUUUCAAAAUAAAGUCAAUAUCUUCUUUGAGGUUACAAACAAGAGCCAUUUUCCAAAUUGGAUCUGACAACAACUUGUUGUUUCAUUUCAUCUAAUGCAAGCUAUUUUUUACGUUUAUAAUGACCUCUAAAUCUAUAGAUAUAAACGAGUGUAAGGAAAAACUGGAUGAUUGCGCUCCUGAGGCAAAGUGCUCUGACAGAUAUGGAUCAUUUGCAUGUAGAUGUUUACCUGGAUACUCUGGAGAUGGACGAUUUUGCAAUGGUACGUAUAACAAGCUCAAAUCUCUGGCUCACCUUUACGAACUCUGCCGCUGAAAUUCUGAAUGAAUUGUUAACUAAACGUUCUAGUAAACUUUGACAUUACGCCGAUGAAACUGUUAAGACCUUAGAUACUCAUGCGACCGGAAAUGUCGAUAAGGAUUAAAAUAAUAACCUUGAUUAAAAGACAACAAUGAUAAUGGUGGUAAUAAUAACAAUACUAUUGACAGAAUACCUGUCCUUACAAUAUGGACAUUUUCAAAAUGUAAUCUUACAGCUUUUGAUAUCUAUGAGCAAGAUCUAUUUCAUAACAUUCUUUCGAAAAAUUUAAGAGUCAUUUGAUAAUCGUCACUGUCAGUCUGACACCUCAACAGUAGUAACAAAACCUCAUCCAUGCCCCAUUCUUUUGGAUAUGGGCCUUGAGAAAUAAUAAGUUUUUUUUCUUUCUUUCUUUGUUUUUUGAGAUUAGGUUUGAGAGCUAUAUAGUCUUAAACACCUAUUUCUUUUUUCCUAUAGAUAUUAACGAAUGCAACACAAAUGUGCACAACUGCAACCCAUGGGCAGUUUGUAAUAACACAGUAGGAUCUUUUAGUUGCACAUGCUUCAAAGGAUAUGAAGGAAAUGGUACAAGUUGUGUUGGUAGGAAAUAUUUGCAAGAUCAAUUCUUUCUUGUUGUCUUUUAUUUACUGGGGCACUUAUCCUUGUAAUAAUACUUAAACACAUUUAUUAAAUUAUGUAGAUGUCGAUGAAUGUGCAACCUCAACUCAUAACUGUCAUGGAGUUGCUCACUGCUUUAACAAUCCGGGAUCCUUCAGCUGUGAGUGUCGCAAAGACUACAUUGGAGAUGGAAUAGCAUGUGAGCCAAACGGUAAGAUUAAAUUCAAAUUUCAGCGAAACGAAACCGGGCAAAAAAUUAAUCAGUUCAUUAAGUUCUAUACAUUUCUAUAAUCGAACAAGGUAGUCGGAGUAGAAUUAUCAUUUAUUUCAACGUUUGAUGUAAAGUGAGCCAAGCCUUAGAAUACUUCAUAACAAAAGCCCUGGUGUGAAACACCAGAAGACAAUUCAUUUUGUUGCUAAAAACAUGUUACAGAAAGCUUGUUUCUUUGAGGUUGAAAGCUUCAUGCAGAUGUGUUUCCAAAUAUUCCUAGGAGAUUUCUCGGUGACCAUCAGAAAUAUUUCAAAAGACAAGUACCAUGCCACAACUGUAAGUCGUUCAGUCAAAAGCGUCCAGGAAGCCGUGAUACAGGGUCUAAAUGAAGACUUGGCUGUACUGAAAAGCACUUUCGAAUGGAGCGUGGUUAGUGAAAUGGAGCUAGCUGCUUCCGAGUCAGCAUUAGGUACUUUAGUUAGUCAAGGAACAACGGAGUGGACAAUAAACAGACGAUCCAUACCAGCAGGUAUCUACCAAGUCAAAUUCAAUGCUACAAUUACAGUUGGAGAUCAAGAAUCCCCACGGAUGCUCUAUGCUUUUGAUUAUGGCUUUAUCGAGGUUAUUGCAGCUCCAGUGCGAGCAAUCAUUGAUGGGGGAAGCAGUGUUCGAUGGGGAUCCAAAAAUAUUGUGACUGUGGAUGGUUCCCUGAGUUACGAUGCUGAUAUUGGUCCUGGAAUACAUACUGGGCUCAACUUCACGUGGACCUGUCGGAAUAACACUAGUGUGAGCAACACUUGUUUCGGUUCCUUUCAUGAUGAAGGAAACUUAAGCUCCGCAAUAAUUAGAAUUGAUCCUAGUAGACUUGAAACCGAUAAGACUUACUUCCUACGACUUACUGUUUCCAAGGAUUUAAGAAGUUCAUUUGCUGAAAUGUCCUUUGCCAUAGCUGCUGGAGAGGUACCUCAGGUGACUCUCAGG